GCCACGAGGUGGGCCGAGUAACAGUAGCCUACUGUGUUUGUGUGUGUUUGUCUUGAUGUAGCACGAAACGUGUCUAUCAGCAAAGACACACAUCUCAACGUGAGACGUGCUAAAUAACGGUUUUUGUUUUUCUUUCAUUGAGAAUUUGUUUUGUUUUUUGUUGCCCCGAGAUUGUUUCGAUGCUGUACCUCACACGGCGCAGCAUUUCGCAGGAAUUAUUAUUGUUUCUUCUAAAGACUGUCCGCUCCUCCUCCUCCCCUCGAUGAAGCGCUGUGAUGCCCUCUGAUUUUAUAUCCCUCCUUAACUCGGAUAUCGACCUUAAUUCCCCUAAGUCUCUAUAUUCGAAAGAGUCAGUAUAUGACCUCCUCCCCAAAGAGCUCCAGCUCCAGCCGUCGUCCACCCAGACAGACCCACCCACCAUGAGCCAGAAGAGUGGGGGAGAGGCGGGACCUCCCCCUUCCACAGCCUUGGCUGCAGAUGCCAGCUCUUCCACCUCCAGUUCUUCUGCUGCUUCUUCCCUGGCCAUGGGACCUUCAUCCAGUGGCCUCCCUACCUCACCCUCAGACCAUCUCACAGUUGUUCAGCAUCUCCACUCCGCUGGAGGGGAUGGRGCUGGGGCUUCGGAAAUACAAGGUAUGGAGGCUGCCGGCUCUGCCCCCAGCAGAGGCAACGGUGGAGCAAACGCCGCAGCAGGGGACAUAGGGUCAGGAGGAGUGUUGUCGGGGCUAAGUGGGCAGCAGCCUCAGAACACCCCAUCAAAACGAAGGCCCGUACUGAGCAUAUCCCCGCCACCUGAGGACCUGUUUGACGACAGCCAGAUGUCUUGCCAAGAGGAACCCACCGUAUCUGGUGCACCAGUUCCAGACUCGGAGCACAGCAGCAGCAUGUGGCCRGACGAUUCUGUCUCCAACUUCAGCGUGAUCAGCUCGGUUUCAUACAACGACAACACGGAAGUGCCACGCAAAUCCAGAAAACGCACGCCUCGCCAGCGACCGGGCCCCAAGCCUGCUCCUCCGGAAGACAGCAUGGACGUGUUUGAUGCCGACAGUGCCAAGGGUCCUCAUUUUGUGCUAUCACAGCUGGGCACAGACAAGGCUAGCUCUCUCGAUGCAGGGGCUACGGUGAAAAGCGGGUCACUGUCUGCUCAGUACCCCCAGAGGAGUGAUGGAAAAGAACUAAAGAUCCUGGUGCAGCCAGAGACCCAACACAGAGCUCGMUAUCUGACCGAGGGCAGCAGAGGUUCCGUUAAAGAUCGUACACAGCAAGGGUUCCCCACCAUCAAGUUGGAAGGUGUUAAUGAACCAGUUAUGCUGCAGGUGUUUGUGGCAAGUGAUGCAGGUAGAGUGAAGCCUCACGGUUUCUAUCAGGCUUGCAGAGUAACGGGACGCAACACCACAGCUUGUAAGGAGGUGGAGAUAGAUAGAACCACAGUUAUAGAGAUUCCCCUGGAGCCCAGCAGUGACAUGACACUUGCGGUUGACUGUGUUGGAAUUUUAAAGCUGCGUAACGCAGAUGUUGAGGCUCGUAUUGGUGUGGCAGGAUCCAARAAGAAGAGUACACGGGCCAGGCUGGCCUUCAGAGUCAACAUCCCCCAACCUGAUGGAUCAUUUCUUACCUUACAGGUCUCCUCAUCACCCAUCCUCUGCACUCAGCCAGCCGGAUUGCCAGAGAUCCUGAAGAAGAGUCUUCACAGCUGCUCAGUGAGAGGAGGAGAGGAGGUUUUUAUAAUCGGAAAAAACUUUCUCAAAGGAACCAAAGUUAUACUUCAGGAAAACCCUGCAGAUGAUAAUUCCUGGCAAGCUGAGGCGAAKAUUGAUAUGGACCUUUUUCAUCAGAAUCAUUUGGUCGUGACAGUCCCUCCAUUCCACACCCAGUCAAUCACGUCUCCUGUGUCUGUGGCCAUUUUUGUGAUGACCAAUGCUGGGAAAUCUCAUGAGGCCCAGCCCUUCACGUACACUCCUGAGCCAGCUGAAAAUUCAAAUGUGCAGACAAUAAAAACUGAAGGGCCCUCCUUGGUGGAGACCUGCUUAUUUGAUGGCCAAAUCAAAUCUUUGUCCUCGGAGCAAACUGAAAGUCCUGGCCAGCCUUCGAAACGCCAAGAGGACACACCUAUGGAAGUGUCUAGCAAUCCUCCACCAACAGACGUUUUUAAAUCAUCUCCUGACCCACUUAUCUCAGUGCAGCAGACCCUGGAGCUCAACUCUAGUCCUCACCCAAGUAGAGGGUCUUUUGAGAGCCCAAUGUCUCUACAGCCUGAAGAUGUGGAGCUUCCCCAAGCACCUCCUGUCUUCCCCAGUCUAGAGUCUCUCAGCGCCAUACAAAAACAAGAGAUUACUUCCACAACCUCUUUCCCAGUGUCAGGAGAUACCACUAUCCCCCCUGUAACACCAGAGGUUCCUCAGCAAAUCCUUAGAGAUCCUCAAGAAAGCUUGUCUCCUGAAAGCUCUGAUAAUAGUGGAAGCAUCGUGGUUGUAGCCAUGCCUCAAAUCGGAGCUCCGUCUCAACCGCAGCCACAGCAGUCCCAGGUUCCCCUGUUUCCUCAGGAAGGAGUGGCGCAACUUGAGAGGGCAGUAAGAGAGCUCCAGGCUGGAAGUAACCCCACACUGCAGCAGGUGCUGGAAGCAGCUGUAGCCCAGCAGCAGCUGAACUCUGUACUCUAUAGCCCCACACCUUCUGCAGACACCUUACAGCAACACGUUCAGGAGAACAUGAACAGCCUUCGGCUGGGAACCACAGAAAAUUCACUCUCAGCGCGGCAGCAGUUACAGAUACAGCAGCAGCAACAAAUGCAGCAGCAGUUUCAGCAACAUCAGCUGCAGCAACAACAACAACAAAUCCUUGAAAACCUUCAACAACAACAGCAGCAGCAGCAGCAAGUUCUCAGCAACAUGCAGAUCCAACAACAACUUAUAUUACAGCCACAAGAUCAACAGCAGAUCAUGGAGAAYAUCACACAGCAGCAGCUGCAACAAAAUCAGCAACAAGUCCUUAACAACAUUCAGCUUCAGGAUCAGCAACAACAGAAUCAAAUCCUUGCUAAUUUACAAGAGCAUCAACUACAGCAGCAGCAGCUGCAGGAGCAGCAGGUCUUGGAGAACCUGCAGCAGCGCCUCCAGGCGGAGCUGCUCCUGCCACAGAUCCACUCCUCUGCCCAGACACAGCAGCCCGUCUCCCUCCUGCAGCAGGCCGGGGAGCUGCUCACCAUCCAGACCAGCUUUCCAACGCAGCCUCCGUCCCACACAUCUCCUCCACAACAACUCUUCCAGUCCCCCAGGCCUCUGGCUGAGGCCCAGGGGACUCAGCAGCAGGUCCAGGCYGCCCUGCUCCAGAACACACUGAGUGUUCUCACGGCUGGGAGUCUCAGCUCAGAGCCGCCCUCCACAGCCUCGGCUAUUUAUCUGUCCACCAACCCUCAGCCUCAGCAGCAGCAGCAGCAGCAGCCUCAGCUGGCAUUCAUCUCGUCCAUGGAGACGUCCAACAGCCAGCCUCAGUCCGUUUCAAUGUUUCAGAACCAGCCCCAAGCUCAGCUGUCCCAGAUGCAGCCACAGAGCACCCCAAUGGAGCAGCAGCAGUCUCCACAGCAAACCCAGCAGCAACCGCAGCAGAUUCCAAUGAGCCAGCAGAGCUCCCUGUUCCAAACCAUACCCAACCACUCCCAGACCACCCCUGUUCCCCACAACCCCAUCUCACAGCCUCAACAGACAGGCCUGCUCCUCUGCACGACAGAUCUUAAUCCACAAGCUAUCCUCUUCAGCACCCAGACCCCAGGUCCGGCCCCUAUAGCCAGCAUCAGUGUUGGACUCUCCCAGCCAGACUCCACAGAGCCCAUGUCCUUUCAAGUCCAGAGCUCCUCGGGCAGCAACUCGUCCUCCCCUGCAAACCAACAGCAGAGCUUAUUCCAGGAGCAGCARCCGAUGCAAGUGACCCCGAGUCCCAACCAGGUCCCCGGCAGCCAGUCUGUGAAGCUGUUCAUCCCACAGACGUCGCUGUCCGGCCUGCAGGGCACCAUCGGCUCACAGGAGCUGAACGCCAAGGCCUCCGCCCCCGCUGCCACCAUUUUUGUGGUUCAAGGUGGCAUGGGUGUGGUUGCCAACCCAGGCCAGCAGCCCCCAGAGCAGYUGUUCCAGACCGCAGUGGGUGGUCCUGUAGCUCCACAAGGACAGCCCAACCUGUUUCUUUUUGGCAUCCAGAAUGACUCAUCCCAGCUGCUCAGUUCUUCUGGACCAAGCCUGCCUGCCCAGAGUCAGAGCCAGAGCUCUGGUCACCUGCAGCCUGUGUUGGAUCAGCCCAUGGCCCAGGCUGCCUCCAGCGUGCACAGCAACUUGCAAAACACCCUUCAGGCGCAAAUGCAAACCAGCCUAGAGAACGCGUUGCAGUCAAACACACAAACAGCCGCGCAGUCGGGUUUACAGGUGUCCUUAGAGACGAGUCUGCCAACUCCCAUGCAGACCGGCUUACAGACACAGAUGCAGAGCAGCUUACAGAAUCAGAUGCAGGCGUCUAUAGCCUCUACAUCAAGCAUGGAUAAAUUUGAAGACCUGCUGGAGAGCUUACARAAGCAGUGAGAAAUGGAAGAUAUGAGGCCAGAGGCGGCUCGCUGAUAUGUAGCUGAAAGUUGUGCUUUGUAAAAUCAGCAAACACAAAGUGUUGGUGUUUGUGGCAAUGCCAUCAACCUUGAAGAGAAAAAAAAAGUUAAAUAUUUAAGAAAGAAAUUCCCUUUUAGAACCCAAAUUAUUAGCUUCUGUAACAUUUUUUGUAUAUUUAUCAUUAAUGCAUUUUAAGCUUCUUUUAUUGUUUAUUUUAAUUGUCCCUCUAGCAAGAUCAAAGAGUGUUAACUUUAAUCUGGAAAAAAAAGUGUUUUGUUAUCAGUGUUCUUUUAAAAAUGUGAGCCUAAGAGAGGAGGAAAUAAACAUGUCGGGUUUGGUGGAGUGAAGAACGUCUGGCUGGAUGCAGGUGUGGGUUGAAUCAGAUUGCACAGUUGUGUAAGUUAAAGGCUGAAUCUCAUUUUGAGUGUGUAAACUCCCAAAGUUUCACAUUCAGACGCUAAUCUGUGAGUCAGGUCAUUGUCAUUUUGUAUCGUGAAGCGACAGCGGAAACKGGGAAAUUAGGAUUACUUUGCAUUGAAACAGGUGAAAAUCACAACCACUUGAUUUAAAUGUGUUUUGCCCAUAGAGAAUUUCUUCAUUUUGCAGUUAAUCAUUUGCUAUUUGCUUGUGAAGAACUAUUGUAAAAUCUACUCUACGAGUACAGAUGACGUAAAAUACAGAAUUCUUUGUAGAAUAAUGUGAGGUUGUUUUAUAGAAAUAUUUGCUGGUAGUCUGCACUUGGAAGUCUCUCUCAGAGGGAGGAAAGUUAAACAAAGCUAUCAGCUCUACUCCUGGAAAAGAAAAAUCAAAUAAUUCUCACCACCGUGUCAUGGAAAUAAUCUGCUGAUAUUAAGGAAUAUUACACAGUCGCAAAUGAGGUUCAACCUGGUGAAUAGUGUGGCUUGGCUUUGUUUUGGCACCUCGUAGUGUUUUUGUGUUUUUUUUAGGCCUCAUUACUGGGUUUACAAAAGCUUUCUUGGUGAACUUUUUAAUAGCAUUUAUUUACGUGUCAUGCUCAGCUUUUUUUUUUAACAAGUUGGUAACUUUUACCAAUUCUUUGUGGAUAAAAAGACGCUUUCCACUGGUGAAAACUAGAGUUUCGUGUGGUUUUAUAAACAUUUUAUCUCAAGCACUUUAUAACCUCUUUUUGUGUAACCUGCUACUCCUUAUAUCCGUCCACAGCUCUGCAACAAACUGGUUGAAUUUGUACAGAGACAUCCAGUACUUAACAAAAAGACAAAUACACAAGGAACAUACAAAGGAAAAAAAAUGGAAAUCGGUUAUCUUUGUAACGAUAAAUACAUUGUACUCGAACAUUUUUACAUUUUGUCACGUGAGAAUUUUUUUAUGCCUAGACUUUGUAUAGAACGCGUGAGCUCACAGUUUGAACCCCUCUUUGUAUUCAGUCUCAGUGGUCCAGUCGAGCCUGUCCAAAAACAGCCAUUCCCACAAAAGCAUUGUCUUUUUUUUUUCAGUGUUUUAAGUGGUUGAGUGAGCCUUUAUUUGCGCUUUUGUUUGUUUUAAACUAGACAUCUAAACCUUAAAUGAAGGAUAUUUAUUUCCUUGUACCAAUUCCUGUUCAAUCCAUUUCUGGAGAAAGCUGCUCGUCUUAUAGUUUUCGUCCCAGUGGUGGUAAUCUGUGCAGGUUGGCACCAAAUGAAGUCCCAUUACUUGUGUCACCAUUAAAGAAAAAAAMCAGUCUGUUACAGAGGCAAUCAUUUUUGAUUUGAUCUAUGGUGCUAUGUGCAGGAGUAAGGCUCCUCUGCUGUGAUGUUAGGACAGAAUUUAUAGAGCGCUGGCUUUACUUUGAAGUUUGCAGAGGUUUUUGUGUUGUGGGGUCAGACUGGAGUGCACCCAGGUUGUGAUUAGUUGCCAUCUUGUCCUUUGCAAAUACCUUUCUAAUGUUUACUCAGUUUUACUAACGCAUGCAGCUCUCACAGUGAUUUAGUGUAUUUCACCAGAUUUAUAGAAGUCAUAAAGRUACUUUUUUUUUCUUUUUUGUUCCWUCCAUAAAUUUUUYAUCUUUCCAUUGAUUUGAUACGUACGCUAUUUUUCAUUCAGAAUGACUUUGCUGGGCUUUCCUCAUUCAACAGUAGCCAAUUUGGCCUCCUUAAAAAGCCAGUUUUUGGAGAAGAGUUCCAAUAUUAAAGAGUAGUUUUGGUCAAAUGCAUUUGUUUACAUGUUCAUGGUCAUGCUCUCGUCCUGCAGUCGUUGAUCCAUUUUAAAGUAACUUAUCUUUUUUAAAAUUUUGUAACCAUGUAUCAAAGUUGUAGAGUAUUUUUGUAAAAACUAAGCUUGUUUUGUUGUCUUUGCUCAUAGCACAGAUAUCAUUGUUGCAGUGGGUUUUUUGUUUUGUUUUCUUCUUGAGAUGAAGAGCAGGUUUACUGUGAAGAGUUUGACUGAAGUUAGAAACGUAUUUCGACGGACAUCAAACUAAUAUGUUAGAACUGAGUUUUAUUGUGACAGAUUUUAUCCAAACUGUGGAACAUAACGUGUGGCUAAGCUUUCUUUUUUUGUGUGUGUGUGUGUGUCUUUUUUGUUUUGUUUUUAUUUUAAUGUCAUGCUUCUCAAAUGGCACUUUGACUCAUCCAUUUACUGUAGAUCAGGUUAGAGUGCAGUCGUGCCGUUUUCCAAGCAUUCCAUUCCUCUUUUCUGGGGAGAUAAAGAGCACAUAAUGUGGAAGAACUAGAAGAAAAAUAAAGUUACGCCUCUGUAAGCCAUACCGACACAGAAAGCCAACCUGUGACUUCGCUCUCAUGAAUGUAAAUUUUACCUCAUGGUGUGGACAUGUGGCUUGGUCUACAUCUGACAUCGGACCAAUUACAGUUUCAGAGAUCGUAUAUUUUGAGGCAGAGGGGAUAAGAGGGUGGGUCUGUACACUCAUCUUGUUUUUGUCUUGGAUUGUGGCGUAAACUCAAGUCCAGCCCRUUUUUACUCUGAGUGAUCCGGUAUAGUCAGUCUUUUAAUUAUUUCCACUCGGAAAAAAAUAAAAUAAAAUCUUGGUAAAUAUUGAUUUAGCGGUGGUGAGAAGAGCACACAAAUCUCAACAUAAUGUUUUUGUCCUCCGGUCAUGUAAAUGAAUAUCCAUGUAUAUUUAAAUGUGAAAUAUACUGCAGGGGUAUUUUGAAUUUAAAUUGUGAUGCUUUCAACAGAACUUUGUGUGCCUUGAUAACCUAACUGUUGCUCUGCUGUGUUUACUGGUGUCCUCUUUGUGUCAUCGCUCCUUGUCCUUUUUUAUCCUCGUGAUUCCUAAUCGUUUCUUCGAGGUUCCUGGACACAAACCUAGCUCAUACUGAGAUUUCUUUUGAUCCCCCCACAUUGAUUGCAGGAUAUCAGAAUUUACUCAUACUGCACAGCUUCAUCGGUGAACCGUCACCGUGUUUGUAGUUUUCUAUAGAUACUGUUUUUCACGCCUCAUGAGAUUUGUACAUGUGAGGUAAAAGGGACGUGACACAGCGAUUGUUUUUCUGGAGAGCGUUGUGUUCAUGUGCUUGUCGACAUUUCUGUUGCUGUGAAACGCUUGAUGAAAAGGGGCAGCCGUGAUGAAUUCCCUGUUUAUUGCCAAUAGUGUGAGCCGUCUCUCGUGCAUAACCAGUUUGCUUUUAACUCUACAUCCACCUACAGUUCUGUUGUAUCAGUUUUGUGUAGCUUGAGCUUUAGUAUUUAGCCUUAAGACCCUGCAGAAGGGACAAAAGGUCAACCCCGUGUUAUACAUUUGAACUAUUAUUAACAUGUACUUUGCCUUUGUCUGGACAUUUGUAUACUCUUCUGUUUAUAUCUGUAAUCCUGCUGCUACAUUAAAAGAAUUAAUAAAAAUGUAAA